UAAAAUAAUAAUUUAAAAAAUAAAAACAAAUAAUUAACGAAGAAGAAACGAAACGAAACGAGUCAACAAUGUAGAGAAGAGAUUCAUUGUGUAGAUAAGUUUAUUUCUUCGUCUCCUUGGUGUGAAUUUUGAAUUUGGAGGUUUAUUCGCUUCUUCUCCCACUUGCCUCACCGCAUCGCUGUAUGAUCUGAUAGUGUGUGAUCUCUCGGUAACUGGGCAUGGAGGCUGUGUUGAUCGGUGAAGAAGCUGUGGAGAGUAGCAACUUACAAUUCAAAGGAAGAGUGGAUGAUGUUCCUUGUACAGGAAGCUCAGCUGACAUGAAGAAUGUUGUUGAUGAUAUCAACAAGCCUCCGGUGGAAGAAUCUGUAGGAGCUUCUUCUAAGAUCUGUGUUGAAGAGCUCAGAUUGGUGAAUAAUAGGAUAGUUAAUGUAGAUAGUUCUAGUUCUAGUUCUAGUUCUAGGGCUGGGAAGUUUGAGCAUGUAUAUAAUAAUAAUCUUGCUAGAGGCUCUCCUCCUGCGUUUAGGCUAGGAGAUGGAGAUGUUGAUUCUCAUAUGCUGUCUAGAAUCAGACAACAGCUUGCGGGAGCUUCUUCUGAAAGGCUAAACUAUAUCAAUAGGAGGAGCCAUCAGAAUCUUGAAGCGUUUUCUCAACGUCUUAGAGCAGCUGGAGAUAACAGCAUUAAUAUGAACGCACCUGCAUUGAGUUCUUCCAGUUUCCUGAGUGCUAUGAAGGGGGAAAACCAAGAAACUCCUCCUGACUUUGUCUCUGGCCAAGAUUGCCAGGAAAACAAGUUGGAUAAUAGCAAGUCUCCUAUCCCAGGAAAUUCAAGUCACAAAGGACAUGGUGAUGGAAUCAGUUUGAGGGAGUUUCUUAGAUCAAGUUAUGGUAAACGAGAGAGACGGCAUGGCCUUUCUCUAUUUAGGCAGCUGGUGGAGCUGGUUGACUCAGCCCAUUCGCAAGGAUUAUUCUUGAUGGACUUGAGACCAUCCCUUUUCGCUUUGGUCCCUUCCAAGAAACUUAGGUAUACUGGUACGUUCGGAAAGAACAACGGUGACGAAGAGGUGAAUAGGAAGAGGCCGGGGACUCAGGAAUCAUCUGUUAUGGGUAGGGAUUUGAAGAAAAGAAAAAUGGACCUUGAGGCUCCUUCAACUGGGAGACCUUUCGAAAGGAUCAGCCCUGUGAUUGAUUUGAACGUGGUUGAUGCAUAUAAUCCAGACAGUUGUGAACUUCAACAGCAAAACUAUAGAAAAAGUUUAGGAGUGGCAUCGAUGACGAGGAGAAAACAGUCUAUGUCCACAUGGCUUGAAGAGCAAUGGUAUACUUGUCCAGAGGAGAUAAAUGGAGAAGACUCCGGAGAAAAAUCAAACAUAUAUGCCCUUGGUGUUCUUCUGUUUGAGUUGCUAUGUCAUUGCGAGUCCAGUGAGAUGCAUGCUGCAAUGAUGGCAGAUUUACGUCAUCGGAUUCUCCCACCAGCAUUUCUCUCCAAAUAUCCUGAGGAAGCUGGAUUUUGUCUUUGGCUACUACAUCCGGAACCCUCCUCGAGACCAACAGCUAGAGAAAUACUAAAUUCUGAGUUGAUAUCCAAGAAUGAUUCGGCGAUAUCGACUGCUGCUGAUGAGGAGAUGUCUGAGCUGUUACUUCAUUUUUUGUCUUCACUAGAAAAGCAGAAGAAGAAAAAUGCAACUAAGCUUUUGCAAGACAUCCAGACCUUGGAGGAUGAUAUUAAGGAAGCCGAGCAAAGAUAUUCUUCAAAUGCAUCUCUGGUGAGAUCUCAUGGAGCUAUUGAAACAAGAGUGCAAUCAUCUCCCCUAGACGAGCGCUGUACAACUUCUUCUGGCGCCUUGUUUGCACCAACUGCUAAUACUGACAGGCUGAUGAUGAGUAAUAUCCGUCAACUUGAAGAUGCAUAUUUCUUCAUGAGAUCACAAAUGAAGUUAUCCAAUUCCGCCUCCCGUUCUGACAAAAGCCUUCUAAAGGACAGGUGGUCUGAAAACCAAAAUGAGAAUCAGGAAACGAAAACCAAAGGAAAAUCUUCAGAUCAAGUGGAAGUGUUUUUCGAGGGGGUGUGCAAAUUUGCUCGGUAUAGCAAGUUUGAAACCUGUGGGACAAUAAGAAGUGGAGAUCUUUUAAACUCUACUGCUAGUGUGGUAUGCUCAUUGAGUUUUGACGCUGAAGAGGAACACAUAGCAGCCGCUGGGAUAUCAAAGAAAAUCAAGAUUUUUGACUUCAAUGCGUUUAUGAAUGAAUCUGUCGGUGUUCAAUAUCCACUAGUUGAGAUGGUCAGCAAAUCCAAAUUAAGCUGUGUUUGCUGGAAUAAUUACAUCAAAAACUACUUAGCCUCGACUGACUACGAUGGUGUAGUUCAGAUAUGGGAUGCAGGGACUGGACAAGGAUUCUCCCAGUAUACAGAACAUCAGAAGAGAGCCUGGUCAGUUGAUUUUUCUCCAUCUGACCCGACAAAAUUUGUCAGUGGAAGUGAUGACUGUUCGGUAAAGCUUUGGAGCGUCAAUGAGAAACGUUCAUUAGGCACAAUCUGGAGUCCAGCUAACGUGUGUUGCGUGCAAUUCUCUGCAUAUUCCAAUCACUUAUUGGCAUUUGGGUCAGCUGAUUACAAGGUCUAUUGCUAUGAUCUUCGGUACGUCAGAACUCCUUGGUGCACAUUGUCUGGCCAUGAGAAAACUGUUAGCUAUGUUAAAUUUAUGGACUCAGAAACCAUUGUCUCUGCUUCCACUGAUAACUCUCUCAAGCUUUGGAAUCUUAACAAGACUGGUUUAUCUCCUGGUGCUUGUCCAUUGACGUAUAAAGGACAUACAAAUCAAAAGAAUUUUGUUGGAUUAUCAGUUUUGGAUGGAUACAUAGCAUGUGGUUCAGAGACCAAUGAGGUAUAUAGUUACUAUAAAUCCUUACCGAUGCCAAUGACUUCAUACAAGUUUGGAGCUGUGGAUCCCAUUUCUGGAAACGAGUGCUUCGAUGACAAUGCGCAGUUUGUGUCGAGCGUCUGUUGGAAAAAAAAGUCGAAUAUGCUUGUAGCUGCGAAUUCUACUGGAAACAUGAAGCUACUAAAGCUGGUUUGACAUUUGUGGCAUUGGACUCCUUGAGUAACUUCUUUUGACAGCUGUUUGAAGUGAAGCAAUGCUUUUGCAUUGGAUACAAUGAUCCUAUAUGACCACGACAGGUUGGCAAACAUACAAAUUUUGGAGAUGUUGAAGCAAAAAGCUGUAUGUGAUAAUAUAUGAUUCUUCUUCAUGCAACUCCAUAUAUGAAAAGAAUUUAUCUGAUUUCUUCGGAAGUGAUUCAGAUUUGGUCUUUGGCGAGGUCGGCAUCAAUGUGUAAUGAUGAGAGGUAUAUAAGCUGUACAAGUGUGUUCGCAUAGCUUAACUAUGCAAAUAUUGUUGGAGAUUUUCUGUUAGGGAUAAAUAGAGAGAAAAGAAGCCUCUGUUUAUUAGUUCUCAGUUCAGUAAACAUUUAUUCAUGGCUA